AUGACUGACAUGGCUUCGACAUCCGCUGGAGCGCUACGAGCGCUAGCUAUGGAAUUGAAGAACAUCGAGUCCCAGCCACUAGAAGGUUUCACCAUUUCGGCCAGCGAUGACAAUUUAAGUUCGGUUCUGACUGGAGGAUAUUUUAAAGCUGUGAUACGUUUUCCGCCAAAUUACCCCUACUCACCGCCAUCAAUGAAAUUUCUCACCAAAGUUUGGCAUCCUAAUGUUUAUGAGAAUGGCGAUCUUUGCAUUAGCAUCCUUCAUCCUCCAGUUGACGAUCCACACAGUGGCGAGUUACCUUGCGAAAGGUGGAACCCAACCCAAAGCAUGACGAUAUGUAUGACUAUGGAGAGGACGAAAGUGACGACGACGGUGAUUAUGCUGAAGAGGACGAGGACAGCGGACAAGGCGAAAACUAACAUGAAGAAUUUAUAG